AUGGUGGAACUCUCGCCGGGCGCGAGCGUUGCUCUUGGGGUAAUGGUCGGACUCGCCUCCACCAGCAUUCAGAGCAUCGGCUUGACGCUGCAACGCAAGUCCCAUCUCCUAGAAGAGGAAAAGGACGACGACGACGACCGGCGACCUCCAUACAAGCGGCGGAGAUGGCAGCUGGGCAUGCUCAUGUUCGUCGUGGCAAACAUCGUCGGCAGCACCAUCCAAAUCACCACCCUACCCCUUCCCGUUCUCUCCACCCUACAGGCAUCCGGCCUCGUCUUCAACUCGAUAUGCGCCUCCAUCAUUCUCAGCGAACCGUUUACGCGAUACUCCUUUGUUGGCACCAUGCUUGUUGCCAUAGGCGCACUGCUGAUAGCCUUGUUUGGUGCCAUUGCAGAACCGUCGCAUAAUCUCGACCAAUUGUUGAGGCUGUUGGGACGGAAAGCUUUCCUCACAUGGAUGAUCUUGACGGGUGUGGUAGUCGUCAUGCUGGUCCUUGCGACGUGGCUACUGAAGCGCAUGCAUCCACGAACCACCCCUCGAUUACGCCUUAUCCGUGGAAUGUUCUUUGGCUGCGUCAGUGGCAUCCUCUCUGCGCAUUCGCUCCUCAUCGCCAAGAGUGCUGUCGAGCUUCUGGUCCGGACCAUCAUUGACCGUCACAACCAGUUUGACCGUUGGCAGUCGUGGAUGAUUCUGGUCGGACUAGUCGUCUUCGCCCUGACCCAACUCUACUACAUGCAUCGUGGACUGAAGUUGGUCAGUACGAGUGUGCUUUAUCCUCUAGUAUUCUGCGUCUACAACAUCAUCGCAAUCAUAGAUGGCCUGAUCUACUUCGACCAAAGCGAUCGCUUGUCGAGUCUGCACGCUGGCCUAAUUGCGCUCGGAACUAUAAUACUGCUCGCUGGAGUUGUCUGCCUGAGCUGGCGUCUCGAAGACAACGAGGAAGAACCCACAUCACCAAUCGCAAGCAAGCAUACGGGCAGAGUUCAGAUGCCCCAGACAGUGCUACAACCCGGCAUUGGUCUUGCGCACGGCCACUCUUUUGACGACCCUGCAUCACCUCUGGAUAUCGACGAAGAAGCCCCCGGCGCUCAUGGCUAUGCCUCCGAACAAGCCAAACGGAAAGCUGUCGAUGAAAGAACACCACUGUUAGCUCGCGCCCCAACCGGUCCCGCUCUUACCCUCGCCAACCCGAAGAAGCGAGCAUCAGUAGACGCUGGUGAACCGAAGAGUCCUCAAACACAUUCCCGCAGACCCCAAAGAAGACGGCGGAUGACUAUUUCAGAAGAAACAAACGAGAUCUGGGAUGAACUCAACGACAGAGAGACUCUGCCAUCUCCUGCCAGGCGAUCUGUGGAUCUAGAGCGACGACCAAGGUCAGGAACCUUACCGCCACGGAGAAACAAUGCACAGUCGGCAUGGCUCAAUCAGAUGCGUCGGCGGUCUUGGUUCGACGGGUUCGGUAGCGGGCGAGGCAGAAGUGUGUCGCAGGGAAAACAGCCCAUGAAUAGCUCUGCGUCACUUCUUGAUCAUCCCGAUCCAGAUGACGGCGAUGCAUCUGACGCAGACAUGGAAGAUACAUCCCGGAGAAGACAGAUUUGGGGAUACGGCCAGAGGAGCAAGAGCCAAGAUGCUUUGGGAGACUGGUUCAAGCUGAAAUGGUGGCGCAAGAAGUGGAGAGAAGAUGAAGACCAUGAAGAAGAACGACCUAUAUGA